ACAGGUAAGGGCUUUUAUCUUUUCAGUUGUUUGUUUUUAGUGUUGGUUAAUUUCUGUAAGGUUGGCUUUUACCGUUUUGCUCCUUUCUAGCCAGCUGCCCCCAUUCCUUUUUCCCCCCCUCCAACAUAUUUGCUCCCCCCAUUUUUUAUUUUUGGUUUUUUGGUUUUGUUUUCUUUCUUUUCUUCUCCCUACACUACACAACUCCAUACAUUGACUUCCAUACAUUCACUUCCACUCACUCACUACAUUACACAUACAACAUGGCCUCAUUCAACAGACCCUACACACGUCCUCUCACACAACCUCCAGAUCCCCUCACCCGACAACAAUCCAAACACUACUUCAAACUGAUUCAAGUCACUCACCACCAACACAUAAUUUCACAUGCACUCCAGACAGGCCUCUUCCCCACAGGUAUGACCAGACAAGUAGCCAAACUUACACAAUUCAUUAAACCAGCACUACCCACUCAACAUACACGCACACUACUCAACCAGAACACAUCAGACUGGAUGCAACACAACAUGGACAUCCUUCUGGAACACUAUAACACACAACUUACACUACUGACUUCCACCCCUUCCCCUUUCAAUACACUGGCAUUUCAGAUUGCCAGUGGCUGGGCCAGAAAGAGGUACCAUACUCGCCUGUCACCCACUACCUUACAGACAGUUCAACGGCUUCUCAACCCUCAGUCUUCCCCCCACACAACACCAACACACACCACCCCCCCUCCCCAUACUACUACCCCCACUCCUAGGGACCCCCCCACACCCACUCACUCUUCUGACCCCUCUUUUCUCACUGAAUUCCCUCCUCUUCCUGCACCCACUAGGGCCCCUACUCCCCCUCCUAAACAGGACUUGGGAGUUAUGCCACAUCCCACACUUACACUUACCACCCCAUCCAUCCCUUCACUCUCCACUUCCAUUGACUUACAGCAGGUCACUUUUACCAUCAACACACCUGACCUGACAGAUACACUCUCAGAUACUGAUGACCAUCAACACCCACCCAACACCACACACACCACUCAGAACGCACAACACCACACCAAAAAUCCCCCCACUACUCCCACACCCAUAGACACUUCUCCCAUUGACACUCUCCCGGUCUCCCCUACCCUUACACCACCCAAAAACAGACCCACCAUACAGGUUACAGCCCUUGUCACUCACACUUAUAACAGUCAGCCCACAAUCACCCAACGCCCUAACACGGCCAUCACUAACACCACCCAGGCUAACCACCUCAUAACACAUUUGGUUCCACAGGAUAUAACACCAUGUCUCUCUCCACCAGGUUCCACCCAAGUGGGAGGGGUAGACCCAGGACAGUCCAAACCAUCAAGGGUGAUGAUGAGCAAGGGAAACAAAAAAGCUAACCAGCUUACAAAACCCAAUGCUGAGCCCUCCACCUCCACAGGUGUAGAACUGUCUGGGGCUCCUACUCCCUCCCCCCUACCUCUACACAAACCCUCACCUACACCACACUCUACACAACCCCUGUCCCCUAGGCCCCCUCUUCUUCGGACUCCUACAGUCCCACUUCUCUCUCUCCCCCUCUUCUCUCCUACCUAUCACAAAUGGUCCAACAAUAGACUUCAGGAGUGGCACAUCAGACCUAACAAACCCAUAUUAUUCAUAGGCGAUUCCAAUCUGGCCCGUAUUCCCCCUCAUCCAUAUCCCAACAUACAGAUAGACAGCUAUCCAGGUGCCACAGCCAACCACAUGAACCGGUUACUUGAGAAAACCUCCCCACAAGAAGCCGUUGAGCUGUUAGUCCUGUCGGUGGGUACCAACAACAGAGAACACAAUGCUAAGGCCACCACCAACAAACAACUUAACAAAAUGUUUAAGUUGGCCACCAAAGUUUUCCCCAACGCCAACAUUUAUGUCCCGGUCAUCAACUUUUCCCCCUCUAUUCACCCACACUACAAAUACAAUCUCACCGAGAUUAACCGCUACAUCACCACCCACCUCCCCCACCUCCAACCACUUCCAGCAGAUCAAUUUUCCACCACACUUGAUCACAUCCACUGGACCCCAGAAGUGGCUUCCAAAAUCCUCCACUUCUGGUGCUCACAACUAAAUUUAACCUUUCACAGACCCUAAAUCAGGACACACCCUCACACACCCUGAAUCACACUUCACCUCACACUGACUCCCUCAUCCUCAACUUGUCCAAGUCCCUUAUUCUCUCCCCUGUACAAACUGCACUUCUAGAAAAAGGUCUUUCUUUUAUUCCCACACCCACCAGCCAGGACCGGGAGGGACUGCGAAGGGACAUCCAUGGUUAUCAUAGACGCUUGAAAUUACAUGAUCAUUUUAAACACAAACCCCACCGUGAGCCCGUCCCCUUCACUCUCCCCUCCACCUGGGAACCUGACUCUUCCCAGGUGGAUGGGAGACUACGUACCCUUAUUAGACAAGAUCUCCAUUCCCUGUCCACCUAUCUCUCCCGCCCUUUUGACUCCAGCCACCCCAACAUCUCCCCAGCAGAAAAAAGAGCAAUUUUCCAACUUUGCCACAACCCAAACAUCAUCAUUAAACCAGCCGACAAGGGUUCCAAAAUAGUUAUUCUAGACACUCACCAAUACCUCCUAGAAGCCAACAGGCAACUUUCCAACCCACUCCAUUACAAACCCAUCACUCAAUCCCUUCAACCCAAAGCACAAGAAAAAGUUCGCAAUCUGGUCCUCUCACUAUAUACCAAUCAUUCCAUAACCAAAAAACAAUUUGAUUUCCUGAUCGGACCAGACCAACCCAGACCCCGCGCCUUUUAUCUUCUCCCCAAAAUCCACAAGCCACCUGACUCAUGGACAAUUCCCUUCGCAGUCCCUCCUGGUAGACCCAUAGUUUCAGAUUGUAGUUCCACCACUUAUAACAUUUCUUUUUUCAUAGAUCAUUUUCUUAAUCCCCUCUCCACUAAACACCCCACAUACAUACAAGACACAUAUGAUUUCAUACAUAAAAUCCGGCCCAUGGCAGUUCCCAACCAUACUUACCUGUUCACCAUCGAUGUUGACAGUCUCUAUACAAACAUAGACACCAUCUCAGGCCUUCAAGCAGUACAGCACAAGUUUACUCAAUUUCCAGAUCCCACACGCCCAGACAAUACUUUACUUCAACUUUUAGAAAUCUGUUUAACCCAUAACGACUUUGAAUUCGACGAUAAACUGUUUUUACAAAUCCAUGGAACUGCCAUGGGCCAGAGAUUCGCCCCCGCAUAUGCCAACAUCUUUAUGAGCGAGUGGGAGCAAGAAGCCUUAGCCAAAUGUCCCCUGAAACCCCUCUUUUUCUAUCGCUUCCUGGAUGAUAUCAUCGGCGCCUGGACUCACACACUAGACCAAUUCACGGACUUUAUGAACAUACUCAACACACACCACACUACAAUUAAACUGAAAUCCACAAUUGACCUUCACUCAGUCAAUUUCCUGGACACCACACUUUUUCUUACACCAUCCACUCCAACACAUAGUUCCCUCAGUACUAAAAUUUUCUUCAAACCCACUGAUACGCACGCACUUUUGCAUAAAUCCAGUUACCAUCCCAAACACACUUUCCGAGGCAUCAUUAAAUCUCAAAUCAUUCGUUUCCACCGUAUCUGCACUUUUCCCACAGACCUCCAGGAAGCGAUAGAAAUUCUCUUUAGAGCCCUCCGCCCCCGUGGAUACUCAAAAAGAUUUUUAAGGAAAAUUAAAACAGACACCCUGACCCUUCUUGCUCCCACUCGCUCAGACACUAAUUCUCCUCCCACCAUAAUGGCCCCCCCCAACCCCACUCCUGACCCCAACCCCACUGCCACACCUUUCAUUCCACUAGUCACUACCUUUUCACAACCCACCACACAUUUGCACCACACUCUCAAACAACACUUCACUCACUUUCAGUCCUCCCACACUCACUUCCAACAUCACAGACUCAUCUCAGCCUUCCGUAAAAACAAAAACCUUCAAGACCUCCUCAUUAGAUCACGUUUCUCUAGGAAGCCCCCACUCAAGCCAUCACCACAGGACUCCUUCUUCAAACCACAACACUUCAUCACUAACCUUCACUCACACCUUUCUGCCCCUAACACACCCCUCUCACUAGACACCACAAAUGCUGUCUACAUCAUCACAUGCAAUAAAUGUCACUUACAGUAUAUAGGAGAAACAGGUCACUCAAUCAAAACCAGACUCAAACAACAUCUAUACACCAUUUCUAGGAACUCACGCACCACCCAUAUAGUUACACAUUUCCAGCAACACAGCACUGCACACCUUGGCAUUUGUGGUCUCGAGAGCAACCCCGGCUGGACCCGAGCA